GUUCCCUUCGCUUUCCUCUCUCCCGGAGCAACACAUCGAUCCCGCUUCAAGCCCGCUUGUCAGUUGGGGCCAACAUGGCGGUGGACUUCACGGCCAUUUUCAAAAUCCUCGUCCUGGGAGACAGCAAUGUGGGCAAGACGUGCAUCGUACACCGAUUCUGCGACGAGCGCUUCUACGACACAUACAUCUCCACAAUCGGUAUUGACUUCAAGCAGAAGAUAAUCAACCUAGACGGUGUGCCAGUCAAGCUUCAAAUAUGGGACACGGCGGGCCAGGAGCGGUUCCGCACCCUGACCACGGCCUACUACCGAGGAGCCAUGGGCAUUUUAAUCAUGUACGACGUCACAAACAUGGAUUCAUUCAACCACCUUUCCUACUGGUUCAGGAAUAUCGAAGAGAACGCGUCACCUGAAGUGGUCAAAGUCCUUGUGGGAAACAAAUGUGACGCGACGCAUGCGCGCCAAGUGGAGAAGGACCGAGGAGAAAAGAUGGCUGAGAGCUUCGAGAUCCCGUUCUUCGAGUGCAGCUGCAAGCAGAACAUCAACAUCCAGGAGGCCUUCGUCACGCUCGCCAGGAAAAUCCGGGAGCAGAGGGAGCAGAGGGUGAUCGUCACUCCGCUACCGGGCAAGUUCGAAGACAGCGACCGGCUGCAGUGGGAGAAAGCGGACCUGAACCAGAACAGGCAGUCGCCGUCGGCACAGUACCGCUGCAACUGCUGAGUGACGCCGCCGCCUUCCGCGAAUCAAGCCGUUCUUCCUUCGUCGCCGCCUCCACCGCCAACGUCACCGAUGCCCGACUCGUAUUCAUUUCUGCGCUCCCGCCGCCUGCCGACAGCUGCAUGCUGCUGCAUUAUCCGCUGUAUCACACCACGCGGACCUUGGACUGAUGGACGGACUCGACGCCGCUGAGAAAGUGGAGAGCCUCGCUGGCGGAUCGGCUCAUCGCCCCUCAAGUGCAACGAUGCCUCUUUUCGGUUCCCACACUGACGCUUUACUAUGUACACGCCGCAAGGACGAUACUGUUAAACGGAUGAGUUCGUUCGGGCGCUCUUGCGCUACGAAUACGCGUUCAGAUAUGUGUGUGUGUGUGUUUACGCUUAGCAUUUCCUUUCAACGUGCUGCGAUCGUGGAGAAAGCUGACGCCGACCGUGUUACUGUGUAAUUAAAGAGAGUCGCGAACCAUCAUAACAAAACUCUGAGGUAAGGGCGUUCGAAUAGUGAAAUUUCCGAAUAGGAAACGAAUGUUCGGAGAGUACCCUGUUUCGAACGCAAGAGCAAAUGUCGACACAAAUUUAUGUUUCCUAAUACAGAUAAAUAGACUUUAAAUUAAAGUAUAGACGGCGAAAAGGGAAACUUACAUUGGCAACUGAUAUAAUUAUAUUAAAGUGAAGCUUUACAAUCAGCAAAAAAUAAUUAACUGUCAUUAUAUUUCCUGGUUGGUACAAUGAUUAUUUAAAACAGUUUACACGCGUUCCUUUUUCUUUCUUUUUUUGUGUUAAUCACAUUUCAGUGACCUCCUCGAUGACGGACAUAAGAUAUAACACAGACACACAUCAUGUUUGAGAGAGUGUGCUGCACAUUGAUUAAGAUAUGUUUAUUCGACGCCAUUGGAGAUAUUGACAACUUUCAUAGCCGGCUAUAUAGCGCUAUAUACUCGUCAUACGACAGAACGGAAAUGACACGAAAGAGACGGAGGAAAGCAAUAUCGACUUUCCAGCCCUGACAGGACAUUGACACGCGUAUAUGCAACGUGCACAGAAACACAGCGUCUUCACGCAGAGCCAAACAGCAAGACCGGUGAGGUGCUCUGUGGACAUUUUGUAUACUUCCGGCAUAGGCUCGCGUGCUUCCGAGUUCGUGCGUCCAUGUAGAGAACAUUACGUCACGUUCAUCCAGAUAAGUCUUUGCGUUCCAGCGUUGAACGGCAAGGCCACUGUUCAGAGUCCUUGGCUUCCUGCCUUAGCCUCCUUCUUUGCACGGACGCGCGUCAAGAAAGGCAGUUGUCCUUGGCGUUGUGUUCGUGAGGAGCGAAAUUGCAGUUUGCAUUAGGCCGUCGCGUACCUAUACAAUUAUUCGCCUCACUUCACCCCCGGUCACAAAUAUAGCCUCCUUUGCGGCGCAUGCAGUACAUGAAUCAAUGUGGUUUACACGUUCUAGUAAAAUAGGUCAGACUGGACUACAAUGCACGCGUUGCUCAGUGUUUGUACAAGCACUAUGGAGAUUACUGUCGCUAAGAUUGAAUUUAUUUAUAGUAGAUGAUGCAAAACAUAAAUAUGACAGUGUAUUGAAUAUGUGUUGACUGCAUAUGGCGAUCAUUAUCCAGAUAUGACUUUGUCGCAUCUGAGAUUCAAUGACUUCGCUCUGGCAAGAGCGAAGUCAUUGUCAGUGUUUCUAGCAAGACAACAACUUAUAAUGGUAUAAUUUCCUGGUCAGCUUUAAAAUGAUAAUAAAAAAGUCUACGUCGUUGCUAAUGCGGGUCGGUCAGCUUUGAAUUCCUAAUCGUCUACAUGCUGGCAAUUAAGGUGCACGUUAGCAAAGCGAUGACGCGCAGAAUCACAUGAACCGGCAAAUCAGAUUGCGUUAUGACGCAGGGAAUUAUAAGCCAGCAGCACGCGACAGGGGCCCGGUUGCUUCGAGGACGUGAGGCCGUCUUUAUAGACCACACACUUAUUUGCAAAGGCUACAGCUACGGCGAAGGUGACACAGACCGUUUUGCGCCAACUUUCACACCCUGUUUUCACUGCAACGUAUAUUCCCGACCAAAAAAUGCAUACACUGGAUGUCUGCAAGGCGGAAGCUGAGUUGUGACACCGCUCUAGGCGAGCGGCAUUGCCGCCUUAAGCGCUUAGCAGGCCCCGAUAAGUAUCCUUGAUAACGUCAAGCGCUCUCUCGGCUCAAGUAUGGUCAUUCAUGUUGUGACGCUCCGCGCAGGUCAAAGUGGACAGUUGUCGCUGCUAUAGCGACGCAAGCCGACGACUACUGUAUGUAUAAUGGACGAGCGACUUCGAGAUUACCGCAAAUAACCAGUGUAUAACAACUGCAGCCUCGUCGUGGUUUCGCAGAAUAGUUGUUGUUGAAAGCGUUAUACUUAAACGGCGGAGCUAGGUGGCGCAGUUGUGCCACGCCAUAGAUACAACGUGGCGCAGACAAUGUGUACCGUAUAGUUUGUUAUAUAUGCGUGAUCUUGUUUGGUGUGGACCAUUUCUUGUACAAAGUGUGAUACUUUUUGCGUACAAUACGACAAAAGAUAUAUAUAAUAUAUAAUAAUAACCGAUUUGUGUUCGCCGAGCCACGAGCCCAGGGGCGGAAUCUUGUACACGUACAUAUGGUUCGGUCUUUGUUCGGUUUCGGCACACGCGCUCGGUCACAAGUCGGCUACCUACAUCGAAUAGCCGCCUUCUGGCCAAUCGCGACAGCUGAAAACGAGCUUUAGAAAGCCGAACAAAUACGGAACGUGCACGAGGUUCUCUUUCGAACGCUCGGUCCCUAGCCCGCGCGCUUGGCCAGAAGCCACCUAUCGUCGUCGUCGAAAGGCUGGCUUCUGGGCUUCUGGCCAAUCGCGUGCGCGAAAAGCGAACGUUCGAAAACCGAGUGUACGAGAUUCGUGUUCGAACGUUCGGUUAGGGUGUCUGCAAGUUACCCUGUAGUUCGGUCUUGGCUCGCGCACUUGGCCAGAAGCAAGCUAUCUUCGUCGAACAUCUGGCUUCUGGCCAAGCGAACGUUCGAAAACCGAACAAACAUCGAACGUGUGCAUGAGUCCGCCUCCGGAUGAGGACUCACAGCGAUGGUGUAUGGACUCGCUCUUGCGAGCACAGCGGAUUCGCUGUGCGCACGGUACAUGGUCAAAGACUGUAAAUACGCUUUCCAGUUCGUUAACGAGGUUUGCUUGACGAAAUGGGCGAUUCGUGAGAUUUUCCAGCCGCACCGCUGCUUUCUCUAUAAUGAUAUUGAAAGUAAAAUCAAGCGGAAACUGAGCUGAGCUUUAGCCAAGCUAAAAGUGUUGCUUUCAUACUGUGCCAAGAUCCCGUACUAUGAGUCUAUUCCUGGUGGUUGUUCUUCAACAACGAGCAUAGGCGUGCGCAGGGUUCCCCAUUAGGGGGGGGGGAGGCGAAGGUUCAUCGCAGCGUCCCCCCCACCCUACUAAGUCCAUGUAUGGGGCAGCUUUUGCGUCUCCCCCUGCCGCCCCCCUGCCCCCCUCCCCACUGUGCGCACGCCAUGAACUGGCAAGGAGGCAAACGUGAAUCUGAAGCCACGCAGGCGGGCCUUUGUAUACGGGGUCGAAGCGGUGCUUCGCCCCGUGGCUCGUUGCAGUGAAGCUUGAAAGGAGCAGUUUUAAAUAGGAGCUGACUAAUAUUACGGCCUCUUGAAAAACGCGUAAGCCUUGUAAGUAUUUGUAUAAUGGCGAGUUAAGCCGUAAUGUAACUUCUAUUCACCUCGCUACAUUUGAUGGUGUUCACUUUGACACUAGCUAAGCACCUCUCAGCGUGGAGCUUAAAAUACAGGUAAAAAGAAGAGGGUGCUAGUGCACUAAGUAAACGCACAGGUUUUUUUUUCUUCUUCUUUCUUUUUCUGCUAGAACAAGUAGUAAACUUGCCGUAUAGUACGCGCUGCAUGCUGGAAGGCAUUGUUAACUGUCAAUUUAUAAUCGCCCUCUUUUUUUAAGAAUAUCCGCGCACGAAGAAAAAAAAAAAUAAAAAGCUCGCCGGAUAAAAUCUUAACUGUUUAUUAUGCUACCGACGACGCACGAUGUAAGUGUUUGAAUACGACGAAAGCGAAUGCGUCUUUUCAUGUGUAUAAAAAUGCUGUAGUUCAUGCCAAAGCAACUUCCAAAGAAACGGUUAAACUAAAAGAAUGUUACUUUACCAAAAAAUUGUAUACAAUUCUAUAUUGUGGAACACUUUCUAUUUGUCACAUAUGUUACUCGGAAUACGCAGGACAUACCGUAUGUUCCAAGGUAUACGUCUUCAUCAAUUUUGUCGCUAGCGGGUAAGAUGUUUUCGGCUAUUGCUGCGAAUGUAAAACAGGACAGAGUGAUAACAGCAUUUUUUCUGUCAUUUUCUUUGUUUUCUUCCCUGUACACUUUGGUUAUUCUGUUUGCAAGUUUUAUUACUGGGUGUAGACCAGUGAACUGAAACUCCGUGUGAUCGCUCGGUUGAAUAAAGAAUACAAUAUGUGAA